AAACCUCGGUUUAUUAAUUAAAACUGCAGCGACACAAGAUACUAUGAUGGAGUUUAUUGUGACCUUGGAUGUGAAUUAAAUAUUCCACUCAAUGGCUCAGACCGUAUGACAUGUGAACGAAACGGAUCAACUGACAAAGGUGUUUGGGUUUGGGAUUCCGAUGUGCAACCAUUGUGUGAAGUGGUAAACUGUCCACCAUUAGAUCCCCAAAACAUGGGGCUCUUAUAACUGACUCGGUAAAUGCCCGGCCACUUCAUGUCAUGUUGUGUAAGGAAGGUUACGACAUCCCAAGAGUUGUAACCGAUGCUUUCCAAGGGAGAUUAGUCUGUCAAGACAGUGGCAAAUGGUAUCCAUUGUCUUCAUUUCCUGAUUGUAUAGAGCAAGUUAUUCCGGUGAUGAAACUGCCCGCUGAACAUAUAUAUACAGGUGAUUGCAAUAAUGAAACAACCCAAGAAAUAAUCAAACAACAAGUUCUUCUUUAUUUGGCUGGUGUAUUAGAAGAUGUUGACAAUUCAAUUUGUCCAGAUCAAGAAACUAGUAAAAUUGAGAACUUCGUGAUUGUUUGUGGUAUAAAUUCGAGAAGAAGACGUAGGAGGGAGACACAGCACGGUAUUUUCAAACGCCAGGAUGGGAAAAUUGUCGUGACAUUUAAUAUAAUGGUGGAUGUUGAUGCAAGAAACAAGACAGCCGAAAACGCUUAUCUUGAUAUUCUAGAUUUCUAUGAAAAUGUCACAGAAUUGAUAAAAGAAUACGUAAAUGAAGGAAUGUUUGAUAUUCAAAGCUUAACUCUGUCCGUCGAGCUUUUAAGUCAGAUGCUUCACCUGAAUUCGUAUGUACUGACUCCGGAUACAAGUUUGUGUCUCGGAGUUUGAAGUGCAGUAAGUCAUCUUUAAUUUCAUAGCUUUUAUCUAAACCAA